AUGGCGUCGCUGUAUUGUUCCUUCACACGUUCUCUUUUUCUUCAACGAUUCCUCAGAUCGUCUUGGUCACUGGCAAUGUUGGCACGUAGUUCGUCUUCUGUCGUGGCGCCAAACGACACCAAUGUGCUCCCAUUCUCAGCAAUUCCAGGCCUAAAAGGUAGCAUUCGAAAUAUUUUGGAGUAUACGAAAGGUUCGUUUUUUGACGUCGUUACGAAACGCUUCGAAAGAUAUGGUCCAAUUUACAGUGAGGAAAUACUCGGCACGCGAAUUGUGAACGUUUCUGACGUAGAAGCCACGAGCAAGGUUUUGCGCACUGAUAGAACUUUUCAAAUGCGUCCGGGCUUGCAAGCCGUGGAAGACGCAGGGGACGAAAUUAAUCCCGACACAGGUUUUGGUCCGAUCUCGAACGACUAUGAAAAAUGGUAUCAUGACAGAUCGCUGCUGGCGCCGAAGCUGAAACGUCUAAAGGAUGCCCUUGAAACAUUGCCUAUAUUAAAUACUGUAGCGGAUGACUUUGUGAGGAGAAUGCAGCAACAAUCGCGGCGUGACGGGACGAUAAAUAACAUUGAAGAGCAGUUUACGUACUGGAUUAUUGAGGCGAUCGCCGCGGGCUUGUUCAAUGAGCGUCUUGGUUUCUACGAUCAACCUCCAGAUCCAGAUGCAGUUGUGUUCGUGAAGUCCGCCAAAGAGAUGUUGAAAAAUGUUGGAACACUCAAUGUUACUGCUCCCCUUUACAAGUACAUCAAGAUUCCGGCGUAUUAUGCGUUAAAGAGAAGUUUUCUUACAAAUAGUGCCACUGGUAUGGACAUUAUCAAUAGAGAGUUAGCGAAGAAGAAGGGUGAGCGAGGAAACAGAACGACGCAGACAUUUUUUGAAUAUCUGUCUGCCAAAGAAAAGAUUACAUCGAAGAGCAUGGCAACAUACCUUACUGGACUGAUGGCAGGUGGUGUUGAUACGACCAGUACGACGUGUCUUUGGCUGCUUUACCACCUCGCUCAGAAUCCAGAAGUGCAAGAGAAACUUUAUCAGGAGUUGGUGUCCGUUCUUGGCCCUGACGGGGAAGUAUCCAAAACGAACAUCCAACGUUUAUCGCUUGUCAAGGCAACUCUGAAAGAGACAGGACGUAUGAAUCCCACCGCUGCAUUUACGAUCGCUCGGGUAUUUGAUAAGGAUCUCAAUGUUCUCGGCUACAAUAUACCAGCUGGUGUAUAUGUUUUAUUACACGAACAUUUGCUGUCGGUUGAUGAGCGCUAUUAUGGGGAGGACGCGAAGCAGUUUGUACCGGAGCGAUGGCUGCGUGAUGCAACAGGAAAGAGGACUCAGGAGAAUCCGUUUACUUCAUUACCAUUCGGUUAUGGAGUAAGAAUGUGUUUAGGUCGACGACUGGCAGAGUUACCAAUCUACACGUUGGUAAGCAAGAUCAUACUUAGUUUUCGUUUGGAAUACGCAGGAGAUACUGCGGUGAAUAAGGACAUGGUGGGUGGGUUAAUGAAACCUGACCGACCUCUCUUAGUGAAAUUCAUACCAAGAAAAUAG